AUGUCAGGAGCUUCAUCAAGUCACCUUGUUUCCCAAACCGAGGGACAGGAGGCCCGAGGACAGGAGGCCCGAGGGACAGGAGGCCCGAGGGACAGGAGGCCCGAGGACAGGAGGCCCCGAGGGACAGGAGGCCCCGAGGGACAGGAGGCCCCGAGGGACAGGAGGCCCCGAGGGACAGGAGGCCCCGAGGGACAGGAGGCCCCGAGGGACAGGAGGCCCCGGCGCCGUCCCUGGCUGGACCGGUUCGGAUGGAGGAGGAAACUGUUCGCUCCGUCAUGCUCCUCGCCAGAAGAGGCGGCUUUCGACGUGGUGAUCGGUUGCAUCCUGGAGAUCAUCAUGGAGGAGGACUUCCAACUGGUCCAGCGCAGCUUCUUGGAUCGGCACUACCUGGAGUUCGAAGAGUCUGAUGAGAACAAGCUGAGCUACACGCUGAUCUUCAACGAAUACGUGGAGCUGCUGGAGAAACCUCUGGAGGAAUGUCUGAUGAAGAAGAUCCCUGGAUUCAACAUGGCCAGUUUCACACAACUGCUGAUGCAGCACAAAGAAGAAGUCCCAGACGAGAUGUUUGACAUGCUGCUCACUUUCAUCGACUUCAUGGCCUUCAAGGAAAUGUUGGUCGAGUACCGAGCAGCGAAAGAGGGUCGAGGUUUGGACCCAAGUCAGGAUCUGCUGGUGACUUCCCUAAACCCGGCAGCUUCUGCUGGACACCAGUAGAACCACCAGAACCACCUCAGCCCUCAUACUGGACCCGCCUGACAGAAACUCUGACCUGAUUCAAGACAAGAACUCCCUGAGUGAUGAAUGGAUGAAUGGAUGGAUGAAUGGAUGAACUGUGUUUAAUCUAAGUUCUUGUUUCGUCUGAAUUUAAUGAAACUGAAUAAUUUUCUCUUCCUUCACUGAAGGUCGUCAUAAUGAUUUUAAUGUUUGUGAAUAAAUUGUCUUUGAUUGUCA